GAAAAAGUUCAUUUGAAUCAUUUAAUGAAAGUGAAACUGAAAUUGUUCCUCAGACUAGAGGUGGUUUAGGAAAAAGUGUACAUUUAAUCCCAUUAGUCUAUUAUUCAAAUGAAUCAGAAUCAGAUUCAGAAUUUGAAUUUGUUCCCGACAAUCUUGACAAUCUUGAAUUUGAAAAAAUUCCAGUUAGGGGUAAAAGACUAUUUUCUUUUCCACCACAGAAUAAUGAUCCGGAAAUCGAAUCACCAAAAGAACUUUCUUCGGAAGAAGAAUCUUUGAGAGAAAAAAUAGAUGAGUGCACAACAACAAAAAUUCAUGAAAAAAAUGAAUCAGAAUUGGAUGAUAAUUCGUCUAUUUCAAUUGUAGACAAGGAAACAGUAGAAACACUACCAAAACUUAAACCUGAAAGACCACUAAAAAAUAAAAUCGAGACAAAUGAGCAACUGCAAACUCUGCAACUUGACAAUUCCAUGAAUCAAGUUAUUACUGAUAGAUCAAGUAGAGAAAAAUCAUUGGAUAAUCAGGAUCGGCAAUUAAUUUCGGAAAACACACAAAACAACUUGGGGAAUCUUAAUAUGCAAAUGCCUAUGUUAAUAGAACACUGGUCUCCUUCCGGAAUUGAAAAUGGUUGUAUAGAGAACUCAGUCGACCAUUAUUUGCAUGAGCCCAUCGAAAGAAUGGAGAAAAAAAUUGAUACAAUGAUUCAAGAUAAUGGGUUAAUCGAACCUUCGGCUGUUUUAUGGUUAAAUUCAACAAAUAAUAAUAAUAAUGAAAUCGUGAAUGCAUUUCGAAUUGGAGCUAAUGAUGAUCUUUUUAUGGGUAAUCAAUUUUCAAUGGAAAGUUCUCAAUUCACUUCUAAUCAAGACAUUUCUACGGAAUCAUCAAUUGCGGUACCAAAUGAAAUAUUACUUUCUGAAGAAUUGUCAGAUUUGUCAAAUGAAAUUUUCGAUUUUUCAUUCUUUGAUUCUUUGUUAUUAAGUCAAGAAAAUGAUUUUAUGGAUUUAGAUAGGAAUCCUCUUUAA